AUGAUCGGCGUGAAACGUGCGGUGAAUCCACAACUUCAGAUGGCAGGCGAUGGAAGUGGGAAAGCGGAUUUGACGAGUCUGGAAACGCUACUCCGUGAAAAUCCUGAUAACAAGUUUCUCGUUACGCUCCUGUCGCGCGAAAACCAACAUGAGUUGUGUGUGAUUGGGCGGAAAUUCAAAAAUCUGAUGAUAUUCGGAUGCUGGUGGUUUAUGAAUAAUCCGAGCGUCAUUGAGGAGAUCACACGAGAGCGGAUUGAAUUGCUCGGUUUGAGCGUUAUCCCCCAACACUCCGAUGCGCGAAUUUUGGAUCAGCUCGUCUACAAGUGGAUACACUCACGACAGAUUAUCGCAGAUGUCCUGGUAGAGAAAUACCAGACGCUUCUUGAUGUAGGGUGGACAUUGACUUCGUCGGAGGUUGAACGGGAUGUCAAUAACCUGUUCGGUGGCAACUUCGAUCGGUUUUUGAACGGGAAUUAA